AUGCCGCCGCAAUUGCAGCAUCCUCCACGCCGUCGCUCCUGGGAACCAUGUUGUGGUAGACAAGGCCAAUGGCCAGGGAGGCGCGGCGGCGGGGGGCCAAGCCGACGCGGAAGCGGAAUCGGGACCGGAGCCUUCGGUGGUGGUGACGGAGAUGCGGCGGAGAUCUGCGGCUUCAGGGUCAUCGAGAAGCUCGCGGAUGCGGUGGCCAUCAGGGCCGAAGUGAAAGCGGAGCUCCGGGAGGAGGGCCCAGAGGCUGCGCCAGCGGCGCGCGAGCACGCUGGUCCGCGCGGCCUCGGCGGUGGUGACGAGGCGCAGAAGGAUGUCGACAAGGAGAUCGUCGGGAAGGGCGCUGAGGCGGUCCUCGCCGUCAGCGCAGGAGGAUAG